AUCACAUCCGAAGCCCACACGCUCCUAAUCCACCUCCCUUCAGCUCACGACACCAGAGAAGGGUACAGAGAGAGAGAGAGAGGAGAGAGAGAGAGGCGAAUAGAGUAAACCCCCUCCUCCGUCUGUCUAUUUUUCUUGGGAUUGAUUCCAAGAAUUGUCGCAGCGGAGAUGGAGAUCGACAGGGCCGUGGGGGAGAGCAGCGAUCGGCGGCUGCAGACCAAGUAUCGGAACGCCGUCUAUGUGAUUCAGCGUGCCUUCGCUCUCUACGAGUUUGAGCAGGUUGCUUUCAGCUUUAAUGGGGGAAAGGACUCAACUGUUUUGCUGCAUUUACUCCGGGCUGGCUAUUAUUUGCAUAAAGGGAAAUCAGAAUGUUUUCAAGGGAAUCUAUCAGAUAGCAUGCUAAAUUGUCCAAUACGAACCAUCUACUUUGAGAGCCCUAGUGCCUUCCCUGAGAUUAAUUCAUUUACCUAUGAAACUGCCACUGCCUAUAACUUGCAACUGGAAACUAUUCGCUCAGAUUUCAAGUCUGGCUUAGAGGCUUUACUAAAGGAAAAACCUACCAAAGCUAUUUUUCUUGGAACUAGAAUCGGUGAUCCCAAUGCGGUUGGUCAAGAGCAGUUCUCCCCUAGUUCAAUCGGAUGGCCUCCAUUUAUGAGGGUGAAUCCAAUAUUGGACUGGUCAUACAGGGAUGUCUGGGCUUUCAUCUUAAUCUGCAAGGUUAAGUACUGCAGCCUCUAUGAUCAAGGAUAUACUUCCAUUGGGAGCAUAUAUGACACGGUUCCUAAUGCAUUGCUGAGUAUUGUUGAUUCUUCAAGCACUACAGAGAUUUUUAAACCUGCAUACAUGCUUUCUGAUGGAAGAUCAGAAAGGGCUGGGAGGACAAAGAAGUUACCUCUUAAAUGUGAUACAGCUUGUCUAAACAAUGGCAUGACAAAUGUUAGUCAGAGUGGUUCCUUCUUAGCAUCAAUCAUUGUUGUAGGUGAUGAGAUUCUGUUUGGCACUGCAGAAGAUAAACUAAGUGCGGUAUUAUGCAAAAAGCUUAAUGCCAUUGGUUGGCAAGUAACUCGCAUGACAGUUGUUCAGAAUGAUAUUGAUUGUGUGGCUGCACAAGUUGAACAACAGAAGUCUACAAAUGACAUGGUAUUCUUGUUGGGAGGACUUGGCCCUAUGCAUUCAGAUGUUUCAUUAGCAGGUGUUGCAAAAGCAUUUGGAGUUCGGCUGGCUCCUGAUGAAGAGUUUGAGGAGUACCUUAGGCUUCUUAUAGGAAAGCACUGCACUGGUGACCGAAAUGAGAUGGCUUUAUUACCUGAAGGCAUAACUGAGUUAAUGCAACACAGUAAGCUGCCUGUGCCGUUGAUCAAAUGUCAAAAUGUAAUUAUUCUUGCAGCAACAAAUGUGUCUGAACUAGAAACACAAUGGGAUUGUCUUCUUGAAACACCAAGUCACCCGUUAAUGCGUUUGCCACCAUUCAUGUCAAAGCAUCUUGGUACCAUGCUUUCUGAUGUUGAAACUGCUCAAACUAUAUCAAAGUUGUGCCUUGAAUUCCCAGAUAUUUACAUAGGAUGCCAACGGAAGUCCAGGGUUGGGCCUCUCGUAAUAACUUUUGUCGGAAAGGACAAGACAAGAAUUGAAUUGGCUGCUGAGAAACUGUCUAAUAGUUUUCCGGCAGGAGCCUUCUCCGGAGCAGACUGUGGCUGACAUACUCUGCCGGAAAAAUUCAUUCACUAUCAAACCCAGGGUGGUGGGGAGAGAUGCUCCUGAGAUACUGGUUGGAACAAAGAAUUCCUUAUUAUUAAAGCUCUCUCUGCCCAACUACACAUGCAUCUGAAGAAGCAUAUUCCUGCAGUUCCUUUGGUGAAGGACCAACUGAACUGUUGAGGAAGGUCAUCCAAUUUCCCUACUUGUAGAAGGAAGGUCAGACAACCAACAUUUAAAUUAAACUACGUGACUUAACAUAUACAAGAUUCUCAGAGAAAGAUUAAGAAAUUGAAAUUUGUCUUUCAGAAUCAGAAUCAGAUAACCACCUCUCUUCAGCAAAUUUUUUUUUCUUUUACUUAUCUUGGAAAAAGGUGUUUCUGCUCUGGGUAUGUUUCAGGACUGACAGAUGUUAAGAGAAGAGAUUGCCUUACACUGAA